AUGGAACCGGGGAACGUCACGUGGGUAUCAGAUUUUGUCUUCUUGGGACUCUCACAGACUCCAGAGCUCCAGAUUUCCCUGUUUCUGGUGUUCCUGUUUGUCUAUACCACAGCCGUCAUAGGAAACCUCCUCAUCAUAGUCACAGUGAUCUCUGACUCCCGGCUCCACACACCCAUGUUCUUUCUGCUCCGAAACCUGGCUUUGUUAGACCUCUGUUUCUCCUCAGUCACUGCCCCAAAGAUGCUGGUGGACUUUCUCUCUGAGAAGAAGACCAUCUCCUACCAGGGCUGCAUGACCCAGAUCUUCUUCUUUCACUUUCUCGGAGAUGCCAUGAUCUUCCUUCUCUCAGUGAUGGCCUAUGAUCGCCUUGUAGCCAUCUCCCGGCCUCUUCACUAUGUCACCAUCAUGAACACUCAGCUCUGUAUGGGACUGGUGGUGACCGCUUGGAUGGUAGGCUUUGUCCAUUCCAUUUCCCAGCUGGCUCUGAUGCUCCCGCUACCUUUCUGUGGCCCCAAUGUCCUGGACAACUUCUACUGUGACGUUCCACAAGUGCUCAGGCUUGCCUGCACUGACACCUCCCUCUUGGAGUUCCUCAUGAUCUCCAACAGCGGGAUGCUGGAUAUCAUCUGGUUCCUCCUCCUCCUGAUCUCCUAUGUGAUCAUCCUGGUGAUGCUGAGAUCCCACUCAGAGGAGGCGAGGAGGAAGGCAGCUUCCACCUGCACCACCCACAUCAUCGUGGUCUCCAUGAUCUUCAUUCCAAGCAUUUACCUCUAUGCUCGACCCUUUACCCCUUUCUCCAUGGACAAGGCCGUGUCCAUCAGCCACACGGUCAUGACCCCCAUGCUCAACCCCAUGAUCUACACCCUGAGGAACCAGGAGAUGCAGGCAGCAGUGAAGAGAUUAGGAAGGUGCCGGCUGAUCUGUAAGAAAGAAAGACAUCAUCCCAUUGCUGCUUCUUGA